GGUGGGAAAAUGGAAGAGAAAAUCUUCCUAAUUUGGCUUUCUUUGAACUACACUACACACCAUGAGUUUCUAAUGUUUUUCUUACUGCAGUUCCAAGAAAUUAUGACCCUGUACUGCAUCCGUUUGAGGUACCAAGAGAGUACGUAAGAGCUCUGAAUGCAACAAAGCUAGAACGCGUGUUUGCAAAACCCUUUCUUAGCUCGCUUGAUGGCCACAGAGAUGGAGUUAAUUGCAUGGCCAAACAUCCAAAGAGUUUGUCUACAGUGCUGUCCGGAGCUUGUGAUGGAGAGGUUAAAAUUUGGAACUUGACCAAACGACAGUGUAUUCGUACUAUACAAGCCCAUGAAGGUUUUGUUCGAGGCAUGUGUACUCGCUUCUGCGGUACAUCAUUCUUUACUGUUGGUGAUGACAAAACUGUGAAGCAGUGGAAAAUGGAGAGCCCAGAAUAUGGAGAAGAAGAAGAACCAAUUCAUACAAUUCUUGGAAAGACAGUGUAUACAGGAAUUGAUCACCACUGGAAGGAAGCUAUUUUUGCCACCUGUGGCCAUCAAGUGGACAUUUGGGAUGAGCAAAGGACAAGUCCUAUGUGUUCUCUGACGUGGGGCUUUGAUAGCAUAAGCAGUGUGAAAUUUAAUCCCAUUGAGACUUACCUUUUGGGAAGCUGUGCUUCUGACAGAAAUAUUGUGCUGUAUGAUAUGAGAAAAUCAACUCCAUUAAAGAAGGUUAUCUUGAACAUGAGGACAAAUACACUGUGUUGGAACCCCAUGGAAGCAUUCAUUUUUACUGCAGCAAAUGAAGAUUACAACUUAUAUACAUUCGAUAUGCGCUUUCUUGAAUCACCUUUGAGGGUACACAUGGAUCACGUGUCUGCUGUUCUUGAUGUGGAUUAUUCACCCACUGGGAAAGAAUUUGUCUCUGCCAGCUUUGAUAAGUCUAUCCGCAUUUUUCCUGUAGACAAAGGUCACAGCAGGGAGGUGUAUCAUACAAAGCGAAUGCAGCAUGUCAUCACUGUGAAAUGGUCUUCAGAUAGCAAGUACAUUCUGUGUGGCUCAGAUGAGAUGAAUAUUCGUCUGUGGAAAGCUAAUGCUUCUGAAAAACUGGGAGUGCUUGCACCACGAGAGAAGGCAGCUAUGAAUUACAAUCAGAAGCUGAAGGAGAAGUUCCAGCAUCACCCAAAGAUCAGGCGCAUCGCUCAACACCGUCAUUUGCCUAAAAGUAUAUUCUGCCAAAUCAAGGAGCAGCGUAUCAUGAGAGAAGCUCGUCGGCGAAAGUAUGUUGUCUUCUUCUGGCUAUGUUUUCUCUUGUUCCUA